AUGGCUGAAAUCACAGUAUUAGAUGCGCUGCAAACCUUCCACCGCGAAUUGCUUGCGUUGAAUGCCGGAUAUGGCGGCGCGCCCGAAUAUUUGAGCAACGAAGUCCUUGUACAGAUAUUCGAAAACGAGUUGCAAAAGAUUUGGCAACAUCCGACAAGGAACGAAAAGAGCCGGGACAAGGUCAAGUCGGGGAAACUCUCGAUCGAGGACCAAGAAUUUGCCAUCAACGACGUAUUUCAGCAAGAUGCGCUUUUGUUGUCGGACGAACUCGACCUCGAUGAGCUGGAAGCUUCAAAAUGCCUCCUUGAAUCACAGCAUGACCCGUCUGUUCUAGGGCGCGCCCUCUUGGAAUGCGCAAUCAUUCGCUUCCACCAACAGCGCAAAUAUGCCUUGGACAUACUGAGACUCUUGCUUGACCUGGACAGCGCCGACGAUGAUCCCGAAGAGUCGGCCGCUCUGGAACCCAUCAAGAUGUUCGUUGCCGCGAGAAUUCUGCCGUCACGAUCCGGCGCCGUCCGAUAUCCGCCUAGCUGCAUAACAGCCAUGACAACAAUCAAAUCCUGGUUGCAAAGGAUAUCUGACAAAAUUGCUGCAGCCCAAGCGCUCAAUCAAGCUAAACCAGGGCAACUUUCCGAAGAGAUGGAGACGAUAGAGUUCUCCCGCAUCAGCUUAAUCCAGCAGCACGAACUCUUGGGUGUAAUACUCUGUCGUCUAGUCGAGAAGAGACAAUCGGAUACAAAUGACUUUCUGGAUUUUGUCUCAACCUUGAAGAAGGCAGAUAAGUACGACAACCUCCUUGCACACUUUAUCCCCGCCAUGGGCGCCUAUAUUUUUGUUUUCGGCUCUGAAGAAGGAGGUUAUGAUCUUAUGAAGGCGCGUCAAUUACACAACAAGCUAUUCCCAGCCAGCGAUGAAUCGACAUGGCCCUUGCCUCAUCUGCAUGCUGCCUUUAGGGCAUGGUGGCUAGCCGAGUACAGCGGCUUUUACCUCGAUGACCCCCCCGAAUCAGCCAUACCCCCCGGGACCGAUCUAGAUGAUGAAGAUCGGCAGCGAUCGAAGCAGUUUCUUGAUGCGCUCAAGGACGGCGCGUUCGACUUCCUACUUUCUGUAGCUGGGGACGUAAAACCUGUAGACUGGCACGAUUCGGUUCGCGUAGGCAUGCGAAACUGGCUCACGAGGAAGUCAUCUGCUCUGGCGGCGGAUUCAGCGCAGUUUACUGGAUUCUUUCAACUCUGCCUCAUGUCGCAAAUCGAAGUCUUUGUGGAUGCGUUCAUAUCCAAUCUCCCGGAUGUGCUGAGGAAGCUCAGAGUUGAGGAAGAUGAGCAGAGGCAGUUGAGCCAAGCUCACGAGCAAGACUUGGACCUGGAGCGGUUUCUUCUCAUCAUUGCAUAUUCUUAUGAGGGUCGACCUGAUGCAGCCUCGAACUUCUGGUCGGACCCAGAUAGUAACCUUGCAGGUUUCAUGCACUGGGCUUCGCGGCGGGCGUCAACUCCCCUCGUAACAGCCUUUUGCGAGAUGCUGCUGGCUAUUUCUGGCAGCGAAGAGUGCGCGACAGCAGCCCAUGAGUUUCUUCUCGAUGACGGCCAUCAAUCGUCGGGCAAAAUGAAGCGAACACAAUCGUUAACGUGGACGCAGAUAUUCAGGGAGCUCGAAUUCUUCUCCGAAAAGAUCAGACAGAAGCCGACCGCCACGCAAAUGUCAAGAUUUCGUGGCAGUAAACCGUGUGGCGAUCAAGUUGAGACAGAGCCCGAGUCAGCAAUGAUGCUCGAGUGCUAUUUACGUCUGAUGACGAAGUUGUCCAGUGAAAGCGAAACGACAAGACUCUUCUUGCUGCAGAAUGCAAACUAUAAUCUAGUGGACAUGCUGUUCGAGUUGGCUAGCGGUCCGAUUCCCCCCAGGCUGCGAGGUUGUGUUUUCUCCGCGCUCAGGGCACUAAUGUCGCGGAAAACCAUUCGGGAGAGCCACACCAUGUGGGCUUGUUUGGAGAAUUGGAUUACCGGCGGCUAUGCCGGAACAUCUGCUGGCAGUUUGCGCCAAGCACAGUCUGCGCCGAUCAUAUCAACAGACCGUAUCCUCGACGAGAUGAGUACUGGAUUCGAGGAUCCAGAGUCCUUCAUCCAGCUACUCCUAGCGCUCAUGUCACCAGCAGUCGACAGCAGUCCGUUGAACGACUCUCUUCCAUUUCCCGAAACGCUGGGGUCAAACUCACGGAAUCCAGGAGUGGAAAUCUACAUUGACUUCGUAAUGGGUCUCGUCUUUGCAGGCAAGGCCCAAGAGUUGCAAGACAAGCACCAACUAAGAAUCUUGCGCCUGAGCUGUCUUGACUUUGUCUUGACAUGCCUGUCUACUUUCAACGAGGAUCUAAUUGUCAUUGCAAACGAGACAUCUAUCAUGGUGGACUCCGUCAUCUCGGCUACCGACCUCGUUACCUACGUCCGGAAACAUCCAUUUGCGAGAGUCAUGGAAUGGAUGCUUAAUGACAAAAUUAUGGCAGCCUUAUUCUACACGAUCCACCAGGAGCCCGCGGAUGUUGGCAAUGCAGCCCCUGAUUCGCCGCUUAUUCUUGGCAUCUUGCGAUCAGUUGAGGUCAUCACUAAGGUCCUGGACCUAGAGGCUACAUAUCUUGACUUGGUUCGACCACUUGUCAAAAAUCAGCCAGGCCAUCGUCUGCGCCCUGUCGCCAAUGCUGCGUAUGCGUCGUUUCAGGAUGGACUUGUGACGAGGUUGAGUCUCGUGGUGGAUCUGGGAAACUAUUGCGGAAUUGGCCAUCCUGAACUUACGCUGGCUUGCCUCAAACUCCUCGAAAAGAUGUCGUCAUCAUCGAAGAUUGCUGCAACAUGGUCAGGGUCUGGCCGGCACACUCACCGCAAUAAGGCAAUUGUGGCGAUGGAAGCCAACGGUGAACACCAAUCGAUAGCUCGAUCCUUUGCAUCCGAGUUGAUGGCACCUUUGGAAAUAACCCGUGAGGCGGAGUCCGCCAAUUACACCACCAAAAUAUACAUCCUAGACUUCUUGCUGCAAUGCCUAGGCACAGCGCCCAAGGAACCGACGAUUGCCCACCUGCUCCUCGGCUUCAAAUGCGGUGUGGACGCUCUCAGUAUUGAGAACGACGGCGCCUUUGCACAACAAACAUCCUUGUUCCAUACUUUGCUCCGGCUGCUGAUGGAGAUUCCAUCUGGGGACACGGAAGGCAUGCGACGUUGGCUUGUCGCAAUCAAAUCGAAGGUGAUGCGCAUUUUGCAUAUCCUGUGGAGCUCACCGUUGUCCGCUUCCAUUGUCGUCGGCGAAUUGCGAGCAAACGAGUUUCUUUUCCACCUCCUCAUCCGCGAAACCGUGAUUCAGCCCGAUCUUCCCUGGGAAGGGCAAAACAUUGCCACGCUGCAAUUUCCCAUGACCGAUGGAGCCCUUACAUUGGUGGACUUUCUUUCAUCAAGAAGCCUCGCUCUUGAGUACCUGGCUAUGGAGCUCUGCAUGAUUUCUCAGGGUCGCAUUCCCAGCAUCAAGCGGAGGAUAUUCGAUGCCUUGAACGGCCAAAUCAUUGGAGAUGGCAAUCAACCGAUUGAAACACCUACUGUCUUCGACUUAUUCGACUUUCUCCUGCCCGAGGGAAUAUGGGAAUUGCCCCCUCCACCAGUUCAGGCCUUUAAAGACCUGGACUUUGCGGUUGCUCUUGAAGAAGAUGCCGAUGGCAACACCGUUUACAACCUAGACCGUGUCAAAGAAAUUCUGCUUCUUAAAAGGCGCGAAUCACACGGGCAAGGACUCAUGAUUUCAGCACAAGAUCUCGCUGCUCUGGAAAGAGAGGAGGUGUCGAUAAUCGAAUAUCUUGUUUCAUUGAACCGGCAGAAGCAAAUCGCAACGCAGUGCGCGAGUGUUCUGAAGUCGUGGACCAGGCUGCUUCUUGUAAUGAUCGAAUGUAGUGACUACAAGGGCACAUCACAAACCGCCUUCUUCCUGCAGGCUCUUCAGGCUGUCCUGCCGAGCCUGGAAGCUUUUGCCUCAGAUCGUCCAAGUGAGGCCCUGGAGCUGGCAAAUGUUUCACGCCUCCUGCUCACCAGGCUGGACCUGACUACGCAAGACGCCACCGAUAAGCACAGCCAGUCCGUCGGGAACCUUGUCAGCGAUAAACUGUAUCAGCUUUUCCAGGUCUGCCUGCAAGCCAUUGGUAAGUGGGCCGGUGCUCCUGAGCUUCGAUGCGUGUACUACGAGAUUUGCUACCGCUACCUCGUUGGCAUGUCCGAGCAGGGGGCUCUGAGCCCAGCUCGGCCAAAGACGACAAAGACUGUGCAGAUUUACGGCGAAAGAAUGCUCAAUGUCAUCUGUGAUGACGCUUACUGCGGCGAACCUACCUACCAGGCCGGAGCCUUGGUUCUCCUGACCGCGUUGGUCAAUGUCGGCCGACUAGAGAAUGACAGUCACGUCGUGGAAACGCUCAACCGGCUGAACUUUGUCGGCAUUGUUGUUGAUUCUCUUCGCAAUGUCUUGCAGGAAUGGCGAGAUGCCUACGCGUCUGGUUCCACCGAUCAACAAAACUACCAAAACGCCCGCCUAGCCCUUCUCCUUCAGAUCGCUCAGUCCCGCACCGGCGCCAAAUACAUCCUCUACGCCAACCUGUUUCGGGCCGUAGAAGCAUCUGGCUUAUUCACAGCCGAUCCAGAACUACAGAGCGACGUUCAGAGCCCUCGGUCUCUGGUGCAGCAUUACGACCUCCUGGCCAAGGUCUCUCGGAUCAUUGGCGCGACACUGCUGAGCAGAGGAAGCCACAACGCUGUGCAGGGCCGCAAAUUCCUGACUGGUCAUCGCCUGUUGGUAACGCACAUAUUCAAGCGGAGCGCGGGCAUCGGCGGCGGCGGCGGCGGCGCGAGGGACGAGCCGCUGGAAGACAAGAUUGCCGAAGUCGCCGAUGCUCUCGUGGUCGUGAUUGCGGCAACUGGAUUCCUUGAGUAUGAAAAUGAGACAGUCGUCGAAUCAGCGAAACCAGAUCACGCCUUGUUUCAUUAG